UAAUUUUGCAUUCGUUUCGUUCCGCUCAAACUGUGCCGUUGCUUGAACGUUUAGUGAGAGGUACAGCAACUUUAUAUAUUCCGAAUAGCAGGUCAACAUGAAUUUCACUCGCCUCCAUUUCUCAGUCUUCCUAGCUUCCAUCUCAGCCUCGAUUGUCUCGAGUCAAAAUGCAUGCUUGGCAACGAUUAAUGCCUUGGCAUUGGAGGAAGCGGCUAUCGACGACGUAAGCGUAAUGCGAAAGUACACGCUGUGCCCCAACACUGUCUACGCUAUUGGUCGUCUCAACAACGACAACGACGUAGUGGAAGGACAGGCAUUUCUGCCGUUGCGGCCCAACCUCCACGUCCAGUGCGGCCCGAAUGGUAGUCACGAGGACCAGUGUUUGAUGCAGGGCGGGUCUUUGCAGGUUGACGGAUCGUCGGCCUACGGUAUUUCGGAUUCUCGCGUAGACAACGUCAUUUUGGAAGGCAUCACCUUUGUGAAUGCUACUCGCAACGUUUGGAUCAACAAGCCGGGAAACGUCACCUUCAAGGAUUGCGAAUUCCUUAACAAUGUUGCCUUUACGACUCCCGUUCAUUUGGAUUAUUUCGAUGGAUCGGCCAGCAGUGAGGCGCUCACGGUCACGUUUGCCAAUUCUCGCUUUGAGAACAAUCAGUACCCUGGUCGUCCUGCAACGCCGGCCUUGAUUUUGAGUAGCAGUCGUCAAAAUCGCCUGAUCUUGGAAGACUGUGCUUUUUCCGGCAACGAUAUGACGCACAACAAUACUCUGUCCGAGACGCAAAGUGCUUUAAUCGAGAGCAGCGGCCCGCUCAGAAUAGUUCGCAACUGUUUUUCGUUUAAUCAGAUGGGGGUUUCGCCGGUAGUCUUGUACAAUGGCGAUUUCCAGUUCCUUAACAAUUUUGACGAACUAUCCCGUGGAAUUAAAUGCCCCCUGACCAGUCGUUUUGAAUCGGCUGCGCAGUUCGAAGCAUUCGCUCCGAUUUGUGAGGAUUUUGACGCGGCCACUUGUCUGCUUUCCGAAACGGGGGCUGCGACCCCGGCGCCGAACGUUACGACCGUUCCCACACCUGCGGUGGGUGGAGCCCCUACCGUUUCACCCGCUGGUGCUGUUCCAUCCACACCGACUGGAACCGUGCCUGCUCCGACUCUUAGCCCGGCUGUUGUUGACGAAACGGAUCGUGGAAUUGAAGUGCCGGAGUCGUCUGCGGUUUACUCUGCGCACAGCGUUGGUCUCUCCUUGAUGGCUGCAUUCUUUGUUGUUGUUUGUCAGAUGUAAAAGCCAGAAAUGAUGCUCGGCUAAGUGAUGUUGAGAACCUUUGCGAUGCUGUAUUCCAAAAAAGUUCUCCAGUAGCAUAUUAAGCAUAGAAGCCGUCUUCCUAGAGCGCUUUCGUAUUCAAAUCUAAAAAUCGAUAAGUAGUACCUAAUAGACUGAUCUACUCCUGCUAGCAGAAGCACCAAUAUACCUCUUCCUCGGUGAUUCUUGUGGGUACAAAGCUCUCGACUCGUUCUUUUCAUUGCCUACCUGUUCAAAUGCUCGCCUUAUAGGAAUUGUGCAAUGCCGCCCAGCAUAUUCAAAACCGAUACUCGUUACAGUUGUUGAACGAGCUGUGAGGCCUUCUUUGUAUCCUUGUAUAGAAGAUCAUUGAGGUAAAUUUCGGUUGCGGCCACGACUAUAAAGAUACGAUUCCAAUUACAUUCAGCUGAAUUUAAGCAGCACUGACUAUCGUUAUUGCCGGACCAAAAUUCUCAAAUCACAGUUAUCUCGUGUGAACUCCGAAAGGGGCAAAGUCGUUCUUAGUAGCGGCGAAGAUGCCAAGAAAGCUUUGUUGAGGCCGACGGUGAAACAUUUUGCUCGUCCG